GUGACCACUGAACCACUUAGAAGAAGAAGAAGAAGAAAGCUCUACUCCUAGCAUGAGAAGCCCAAUCCGAGGCGGAAUGCUGCCGCUCCAUGUCGCGGCCGCGGUGGUGGUCACCAUGCUCGCGUUCCCGGCGGCGGUAGUGCUGGGCAUCGCCACCGACGAGGACUGCAAGUGCUUCAUGUGCGUCUGCGACCUGGACCCGCACCCGCUGCCGCCAGAGGUGCCGACCCACCACCCUCCGCCGGCGCAGCCGGAGCCGGUCCCUUCGCCGCCCCCGCCGCCCCCGUCCCCAUCGCCACCACCGCCGGCGCCGGCGCUCCCGGUGUACUACCCGCCACAGACCGGGUACUACUACUACCCGCCGCAGCCGUACGGGUACCCGGCGGGGGAGAUGUACCCGCGGGACGACAACAGGCGGGAGUCCAAGUCUGAUGCGGCCCGGCGGCACGGCAGCUGCGGGCGCGCCAGCUUGGCUCUCGCCGCCGCGCUCGCGUGCGGGGUGCUGGCUCUGCUUCUGCGCUCCGCAGCAGCUUGAAUGGCUGGUCAUUAGUCGCGCGGUGUCGUUUGAUUAAUUCUACGUAAAUCAAGUACAUGUGUGGCAAGCUAAGUAAGCAUUCAGUUCGUAGCCAUGUUUUGCCGCUGUUGGAGCGUGGCAAAAGCGUCCGUGUCAUGUACGGUGUACCCGGUGUGCGGCCCAAGUUUGGUGUUGCUGGGGUUACAUGUUGUUCAGUCUUUUAUUUAAAAAUUGCGAUUAUGGAUGUUUUUCCCCUUGUAUAA